AUGCCAACACAACCUGUUACAUUUGUUUGUCGUUUUUGUUAUUCAACAAAUCAUUCUUUAUAUCCAGUUCGUCUUUAUUGUAUAAGUUUACAUGAAGGUCUUAUUAUGUGUGCAAAUCAAAAUUGUACAGGAAUUGUUAAUGGUCAUGUUGAUCUUUUAAAAAUGAUUCUACCUAUAACAUCAUCAACAACACAGUUAACAUACGAACAAUAUCAAAAAACACCCUAUUAUAGUCCAGAAUGUGAUUUUCUUGUGACAGAUAUACCAUCAGAAAUAUAA